CCAGAAAUGGUCGCCGCUAACCUCACCACCGUCUUCAAUACUCUGAUCACUGGACUCCAUAUCCUCCACUAUAAUGGCGUUCUAGAUGCUUAUGGUCAUGUGUCUGUCCGCAACCCAAACAAUGGCUCGAACUUCUUCAUGUCUCGUAAUAUUGCUCCUGCCCUGGUUGCCAACAGUAGCGAUCUAGUCGAGUACUAUGUCGAAGAUGCUGCCCCAGUUGAUCCUAAUGCACCCAAGGGUUUCAUCGAGCGAUACAUCCAUAGCGAGUUGUACAAGCGCUUCCCUAGCAUCAACAGCGUCGUUCAUAGCCACUCACCACAGGUCGUUCCGUACACUUUCAGUGGGGUUCCCCUACGCCCAUCUAUCCACAUGGCUGGAUUUUUAGGCGAGGUUGUUCCAAACUUCAACAUCACGCAGUACUACGAGCCAGGCGAUAAUCAGGACCUUCUCAUCCGCUCACAGCGUCUCGGAGCGGCACUUGCAGCUGAAUUCUCCUCCAACCACACUUUGCCAAACGCAACUCAAACCGAUGCCGACUACGCAGUAGUACUGAUGCAGAACCACGGCUUCACCACUGUAGCAUCCAGCAUCGAACUCGCCGUCAUGCAAGCGAUUUACACACAAACCAAUGCGGGCAUUCAGACUGCAGCCUUGACUAUUCAUAAUGCAUAUCCCGGAAGUAGUCAACAGGACUUAGCUUAUUUGACACCUCAACAGACUGUCCAGUCUUGGUCCACAAUGGCCGGCACGGCGGAUCGACCUUGGGGGCUGUGGAGUCACCAAGUUCGUUCCUCUAAUCUAUACCAGAAU